AUGGAGUCGGAACUCCUCCUAUCAUCGGCUCGAAAAUCGAGAAAAGCUGUGAUACGAAAAAGCGUGUUACACCACUCCAAGAAGUCCCCGAAAGAGGUCUCCCCUUCCCCUUCUCCGUCGUUGUCUAGCCAAUCCAAAAACUCAUUCUCGGUCUCAAAUCAGGACACAAACUCACAAGAAUAUCUCGAAAAUCUAAUACGAAAGCUUUUUUCCAAUCCAAAUGUGAAGCUAACUAACAAAACGGACCUGCAAGACUUUCUACCUGCGCUGACGUCCUCCCAGGACGUGGAUAUCCAGACGUACGCUUUGAUUGGCCUGUUUCUUCGUCAAUUUGUAAUGGGAUGGUAUCCUAGGAUAUCCCAUGAUACGUCAAUGGAGUUCAUGGGCGAGUUACUCGGGGUCGUUGCCCAUAUCACGCGAAACCUGCAACAGCGAUGCCAGAGAAUAGACUGGUCUAAGCUGUUAUUGGACGAGUUGCCAGUAGUACUGGAAUCUCAUGUGAGCGCAAUCAGAACAAGCAAAUCUAGACGAGGGUCUAGACUUAGUUCCAGCCGAGCAACCGUUGCGUCGCCGGGAUGUGACUGGUAUGAUGAUCCUGAUUGGACUGCCGACUUCCUAGAGUUGAAUUCGCAUUUUGCUAUCGAUCAAAACGACGCGUACCUGGAACGGCUUUAUUGCACUGUUCUAUCUCGAAGCAUUGUGUGCCUUUUGGUUCCUGUUGAGGAGCUUGACUCUCAGCUAAGCCAAAAGCUAAUCACAGCCAUAAUGAACGACCUGGUGCUGAGGAACGUGGUUGAAAAUUUGAGCGAUAGUUUUGCCAUUUGGGGCAUUAUCAACAAGGUGUGCGAUAUAGGGAUCGAUCGGCUGGGCAAAAAAAACGCAAAACGCCAGUCUCUUGGGGAACGGCUCAUAUCUGUAGGGAGAAUGGUUGGUCAUCUAAUAGCAUACACCACGUCGCUUUUCUCGAUAUGGCCCUCUCCUGGUGACGAUGAUCAUAUUAAGUCCGUUCUGGAGUAUUCCAUAUUCUCUUUCCUAGCGUGUUUAUUUGAGAUUCCCGUGGUGAGUCCAAUGCUGUACAUGUUGCUGACCACAUUAAAGGCCUAUGGUAUAGGACUGUCUAGGGUAUCUCAUAUCCUCAACAACCUCAUUCACAAUUUUAUCUACCAAGUGAUUAUCACCGAAUCCAAUGUGAUCACCUGUGUUUCAGUCUUGCGAAGGAUGAUGUUUCCUAAAGACCAAACGUUCGACAUGGGCCAGAGAUGGGUCCCGCAAAGUAACGAGGAGUUGAUCAGGUUCAGACAAAAGACACGUGAUAAUGUGACCAGACUAAUGGAGGUAUUGCCCUCAUCAAAUCUCAUUGCCUAUCUUGUUGAGGUGAAUGCGGAUUCCGUGGAAAUGUUUCUGGAAAGUUUGCAGAAUAAAACCGUCAACAAGGUGCUACUGUGGUCGUUAUUGGAUUUGUUGUUGGUGAGCAUAUUUCCUGAGUUGUCGACCUAUACAGCGACGGAUAUAGAGAAUCAUUCACUGACAUAG